GAACAGGACAACCGCCGAGCAAAAAACAAACUAGGGAAAUCGCAGGAAUACAACAACAAAAAUGCCUCGCGUCAAGGCUCGACACCUGGGAUUAUUGCAGAGUGUGUUGCUGCUUUUCCUUUGUCAACACAUUUCAUCCGCGGAUAACAUGCAGUCGCCCCGUUUCGUCACCCAACCGUCGGCGUCGGCCAGCAUCGUCAGCGAGGGCCGAGCCAAAUUCCUGCAAUGUCAAGCUGUUGGCUAUCCUCAGCCGGAAUACAGAUGGAUGAAAGAUGGCUCUUUUCAGACAGAAUUCUCCUCAGAACCGGUUUAUAAAAUCCAGUCCAUCCGCCGAGAAGACGCCGGCGUUUACCAAUGCGUUGCGCGCAAUGCCGUCGGAUCCAUAUUCAGCGAACAAGUGCAAGUCCUUGUCGCAUACAUGAGCCCUUUCAACGACCAGGCAGAAACGUCUCUGACCAUCCAGACGGGCGACGCGGCUGUUCUCGAAGUGCAAGCGUUAGAGUCUCAACCUAAACCGGCAGUAACUUGGGAAGCUGAAGAUGGCUCUCCUCUUUACGGCCACAAAUACGCUAUCGGUCCUGAUAACCAGCUGGUCAUCUUGUCCGUCUCCGAGAGCGACCAAAAGCUGUACAGGGCCCACGUCACGAAUACGCAGUUGGGUCAAGAAGAACUGAGCGGAGGAGUUCGAUUAGUCGUUCGUGGUAACAGUGAAAGCGAUGACGUGCCGGCCCGCAUCGUCAUCGCGCCGCGAGAUACGGAAGUGGUUCGCGGGUCCCCCGUCACCGAACUUCAUUGCAUCGCCAAUGCCAGGUCGUUGUAUCACUUGGAAACCCUGUGGUUUAAGGAUGACGAGCCGAUCGAAAACUCUGGAAUAGGACACACAUUCAACGAUUUAUGGAAUCGAACUCUCUCUUUGCUCAAUGCGGAUCCAAGUCAUUCCGGCCGCUAUAGUUGCAGAGUCUCCACCAAAUCGUUGCGAUCGGAACCAGUCACGGCCGGCGCCAACGUAACCAUUCUUGAAAAACCCGUUCUACUGGAGAAGGUUUCGUUGGAGACGUUGGGCGAUUUCGGCAGGAUCUCUUCGCUACCCUGCCGAGCCCGGGGAGUGCCCACUCCAUCCGUCAAGUGGUACAGGAACGUCGUGGACGUGACAACUUUACCAGGGAACAAGUAUUUUGUGGCGGAAGACGGAUCACUGAAGAUCCAGAAGCUUGCCAUGGAGGAUGGCGGCAUGUUCCAGUGCGUCGCGUCCAAUAGCGCCGGUCAAGCUACGGCUUAUACGUGGCUCAAGGUCAAAAAGGAUGAACGCGAUUCGUUUAAAAUAUCCAACGUUGUCCGGUUGCGACCAAAUGAUUUGCCCGACCGGAGCAAGGAAUCCGGCUCAUAUUCGCCUAAUUUCUUUGCGUCUGCUCCUGUCAUGGAAUCACCACCGGAAAACCGGACAGUCCGUGACGGUCGUGAUGAGACAUUUAGCUGCAAAGCAGGAGGCGCCCCUACUCCUAACAUUACAUGGAUCUUUAACGACACCACUGUUCUGGUUCCUUCUGGCCGCAUUCAAAUAUUAGAAGAUGGAUCUCUACUAAUUGCUGCCGUACGAGCCAACGACGCUGGAAAAUAUACAUGCAUUCGAACUAACGAAGCCGGCAGCGUCGAGGAUUCUGCUUUCCUUUCCGUCUUAGUGCGCACGCAAAUUGUCCAACCACCAGUGGAUACCAAAGUAAUUCUGGGUCACGUGGCCACUAUGCAGUGCAAAGUGUCCGGUGACUCAUCCGUUUCUUACAGUGUCCAAUGGCGACAUGAAAAUAAGGUUAUCGAUCCCAACCGGAGCCAACGGAUUCAAGUCCUUGCCGACGGCACGCUUCAAAUCGCUGAAGCACGAGCGUCGGAUGUGGGUAGCUAUGCAUGUCACGUGACAUCCGCCGGUGGUGACGAUUCGCGGAUCGCCAAGCUUUACGUCAUCGAACUGCCAUACCCGCCGAACGGAGUGGCAGCGUCUCGUUUGGGCAAUGGCAAAAUGGUCAACGUCUCAUGGAUCGCCGGAUUCGACGGCAAUAGUCCAAUUUCAAAGUUUAUCAUUCAAAAACGGGUCGUGCCCGUCACGGGUCCUAUUCCCGACACAGUUAAUAGUUGGACAACGGAAAUAGCCAAUGUGUCGGCUGAUGUUCGCUGGAUUGAUUUACCUUCACUCAAGGCCGCCGCUGCUUAUCAAUUUCGCGUCAGUGCAGUCAAUAGUGUAGGAGAAGGGCAACCGUCUGAACCCAGUAACCGAGUCACUCUACCGCAAGAAGCCCCAUCAGGACCGCCAGUGGGAUUAGUUGGAUCCGCUCGUUCGGCCUCUCAGAUAAUGAUCCAGUGGCAACCGCCUGAAGAAGAACACCGUAAUGGAAUGAUUACCGGCUACGUGGUGCGUUAUCGCCUGCACGGUUAUGGUGACAAUAGCCCGUGGUCUUACCGCAACAUUACGAAUGAAAAUCAACGGAAUUACCUGAUUGAAGAUUUAAUCACUUGGAAAGAUUAUGAAAUUCAAAUGGCUGCUUUUAACCGAAUUGAUGUUGGAAAAUUUAGUAAAUCCAUUACGGUCAAGACGCGGGAAGGAACUCCGGAAGCAGCGCCUACUCAAGUGCGAGCGGAAGCCGUCAAUUCUACAACCAUCCGAGUAUGGUGGAAACCACCCGAUCCGCAGUUGAUCAACGGCAUUAAUCAAGGUUACAAGCUCCAAGCCUGGAGAGGUGAUAACCAAGUUGCCGAGAAGACUGUGACUGUUCCCCCGAGUCCUUUUGAUCCAUUGGCGGAACAAACUGCCCUUGUGGGUGGUGUCCAGAAAUACACCGAAUACCAGAUAACGGUUUUGUGCUUCACGUCGCCAGGUGACGGGCCCCGCAGCGGCCACGUGACUGUUAAAACCGCUGAAGAUGUUCCGGACGAAGUGUCUAGCCUCCGUUUCGACGAGAUCAGCGAUCGUUCCGUUCGUGUGUCUUGGUCACCCCCUGAAAAAGAUAACGGCAAGCUGACGGGUUACACUGUUCGUUGGUCCGUCAAAGAUAUGCCGCAUACUCUUAAAGUCAAGAACGUCACCGCCGAUAUAACCAGCUUGGUCGUCAAUAGUCUUCAGCCAACGACUCACUACACUUUUGAAGUGGCUGCGUGGACUAGUACUGGCAUUGGGGCUAUUAGAACAGCUACAAUCCAGUCCGGUAUCGAACCUGUCCUUCCAGGAGCACCAACACGACUGGCUGUUUCCAAUAUAGAGGCAUUCUCUGUUGUUCUUCAAUUCACACCGGGAUUCGAUGGCAAUUCUUCAGUCACCAAAUGGACAGUUCAGGCCCAAUCGUUACGUAACAGCACAUGGGACACGAUCUGGGAGGUGGCUGAUCCGGAGGCCACGACAAUUACUGUUAGAAACCUGACACCGUUCAUGGAGUAUGCCCUUCGGCUCGUAGCCAAUAAUGUAGUCGGCCCGUCACCACCUUCCGAGCCCACCAAACGUUUUCAGACUAUUCAAGCUCCUCCGUCACAUGCUCCGUUUAAUGUCACUGUUCGGGCCGUAAGCGCCACCCAGCUGCGAGUUAGAUGGACGCCGUUGCAACAAAUUGAAUGGUACGGCGUGCCUCGCGGGUACAACGUUUCCUACCGUCGGUCAAACUCAGAUACGCCUCUCAACGCCGUCAGCAUCGAAGACCAUAACGCCAACUCGUUUGUUCUAGAAGAUCUCGAAGAAUUUACAAUUUAUCAGGUUAUAGUCCAGGCUUAUAACGAUGUUGGCACGUCGCAACCCAGUCCGCCGGCUACUGAGCGCACCCGAGAAGCCACUCCGAGCUCGGGUCCCAAGACUGUCUCGGCUAACGAAACAUCAUCGACUACGAUCGUCGUGCGUUGGAACGAAGUUGACCUUCUUCACCGCAACGGCAUCAUCGAGGGCUAUAAAGUGUAUUACGGAGCGCUCAACGUGCCCUUCCGCUACAAGAAGGUUCCGAGCAACGCCACUUUCACGACCACGCUAACAGAGCUUCGAAAGUUCACUCAAUACUCGAUCCAAGUUUUGGCUUAUACUCGCAUCGGAGAUGGAAUCUUAUCAAUGCCUCCUGUAGUUGUUCAGACUAUGGAAGAUGUUCCUGGCGUGCCGUCAAAUGUGUCGUUUCCUGAUGUGUCAUUUUCAAGUGCCCGUGUCAUCUGGGAUGUUCCAGCCGAACCAAAUGGCGAGAUCCUCGCCUAUAGGGUGACAUAUUUCAUCGACUCGACGCAAGCAACCAAUACGAGUAAAGAGUUUGCUCCUUCGGACCGCACCUACCGUGUCACCAACCUCGAGGCGGAACAGUUUUAUAUGUUCCAUAUUGCGGCCAAAACAUCAUUGGGCUGGGGCCAAGCGGCGCGGGCCCUUGUUUACACGACCAAUAGUCGUGAUGCACCUCAGCCUCCAUCAGCGCCGCACGUCAGUCCUUCUCAAAUUCAAAGUCAACAAAUCACGUUUAGCUGGGCUCCUGGCAGAGACGGUUUCGCUCCUCUGAGGUAUUACACAGUUCAAUACCGAGGAGAUUCCAGUGGACCAUGGCAGACCGUUAAUGAACGUGUAGAACCCACUGUCACGUCCUAUACCGUGCACACAUUGAAACCAUUUACAGCUUACCAAUUUCGAAUUCAGGCUAUUAAUGACAUUGGACCUAGUGGUUGGAGCUCUGAAUCGGAAAUAGUUCGGACGUUACCAGCCGCUCCGGCGGCCGGUGUUGCAUCCGUCAAGGUGAUUCCGAUAACUACCACUAGCGUGCGAAUAGUAUGGCAUCCCUUGAGUGAAGAUGCAUGGAACGGCGAUGCACACACGGCAGCCUAUCGAAUCGAUUACCGUCAAAUUACGGAUUUUCCAACACCUGCUCUUCUUCAAGGUGGUGGUCAAAAAGAAGAAAUUUAUGACGGAAAAGCCUCGCAGAUGAUUUUGAACGACCUUGUACGAGAUCGAAAUUACGAAAUCAUUGUUACGCCUUUCAACUCCCAAGGUCCUGGUCCUUCUUCUUCGCCAACAACAGUUUACGUUGGCGAAGCUGUACCGACCGGUGAACCACGUGAAGUUGCUGCUGUUGCCACGACCCCCACUGAAGUGCGUCUGACGUGGGUGGCGCCUUUGGCCAGCCAACAGAACGGCGAUCUGCUCGGUUAUAAAAUCUUUUAUUUAGCGACGAGCCAGUCUAUUGAUAAAGAAGAGAUGGAGGUCGUGCCUGCUUCACACGUAGCACAUUCCUUGCCGUUCAUGGAUAUGUUCACUGAAUACCGCAUACAAAUUGUAGCCUUCAAUCCGGCUGGUGAUGGACCCCGCUCGGUACCAGUGACGGUUCGCACCUUACAAGGAAUUCCCGGAAGCCCUGGUGCUUUAAUAUUCAGCGACAUUACGAUGAACAGUUUGAAGGUGAGCUGGGAAGAACCCAAACAACCCAAUGGGGAGAUCACUGGCUAUGUUGUGACAUACGAGACAGCUCAGCAAGAUGAGACGUUUAGCAAGCAAGUUAAGCAAAAAGUCACAACCACUUGGUUAGUGGUAGCUAAUCUAGAGGAGGAGGUCACCUACUACUUUUCCGUCCGAGCCUCCACCUUUGACUUGGGGCCACCGGCUACCGGUAAUGUGACUACCGGGCCACAGGAAGGCUCGCCUGGACGUCCCAAAGACCUUUUAAUAGCUCGAACAACUUCGUCCGUCAAUUUGCAAUGGGAAAAUGGACCGGCUGGUAAAGGCCCCAUCGUUGGCUAUUACAUCGAAAGUCGAAAGAAAGUGGUGGCGGACUGGCAAAUCAAAGAAGAUCAAUGGCAAACGGUGGCACGUACCGAUCAAGGUCCCAUGCGAGAGUAUAGCGUCUCCUACCAGAAUCUAAUGCCCUCCUCCUCAUAUACUUUUCGCAUCGUAGCUUACAACAAGUUCGGUAUCUCUUAUCCAGUCUACACGCACGAUCCUUUCCUGACGCCCAGCAAAUUGUACUUGGAAUACAGUUACAGUACUCACCAAAAGCCUUUCUAUCAUCAAACGUGGUUUUUGGUAACACUAGCCGCUGGCUCAGUCGUGAUUAUAACACUGCUUGUGGCUGUUUUGUGUGUCAAGAGCAAAAGCUACAAAUAUAAACAUGAAGCUCAAAAGACGUUAGAAGAAUCGCUGACCAAUGAAGAAAUGGGUUUUGCAUUUGAGAUGCGACAGUCAAAACGAACGGGUACAAUUGGACGAAAUACAUUGAGUCGUCGAUCGGUUGCUGGUUCUGUAGGGGUUCUCGGAGGUGGAACGCUAGGCGGUGCGUCAGCCGGGCCUUCGGUGGUCGGCAAACCACCCCCGCGGCCUGCUCCCUCUUCAGUCGCUUAUAAUAGUGACGACGAGAGCGCUCGAGGAGGUUAUGAUGAAAAUCCUGACGACAGCAGCCUUACAGAGAAACCAUCUGAAAUAAGCUCGACAGAUUCUCAAGGAUCUGAAAGUGAACCGGAAAGUGAGCGAGGGGAGCCGCAUUCCUUCGUAAAUCACUAUGCCAACGUAAACGACACGUUGCGUCAAUCAUGGAAAAAACAACGUCCUGUCAAAAAUUAUACUUCUUUCACAGACUCUGAACAAGAAGGGUCUACCGUAGUUAGCCUUAAUGGCGGACAAAUUGUUAUGAACAACAAGGCUAGAAGUCGAGCUCCCUUGCCAGGGUUCUCUUCGUUUGUGUAGUUCUUUUAAAAUUUACAUUUAAUAUUUUUGAACGAGAAGUUUCGACUGGAUUUUUUAUGUAAAAGUUUUCUGACUCAAACUGCAAGCCACUUCACAGGCAAAUGCUUUAAUUUUUAUGAUGUUGAUUUGCCGUAUUGCAAAGCGUUUCCUAUCUCACCUCAAUACGUCUCAGUCGAACACGAGCCGCAAACUUGACUUAAAAUUUACAUCACACAAUUUAACGUGAGCUCCCAUGUUAUGGUGAAUUGUGAUCAGUUGUCCCUAUAUUUUGUAAAAAGAAAUCGUUUGUACCGAAUCGUCCAUCGAUUUAGUGCCUCUAUUUGUCUAGUACCAAACUGCCUUUUCAAAUUGUUCAACGUCACCCUCAUUCAAAAUGUAACUGACUCCUGGAUGAAUGGAUUCGAAUUUUGUGCGUGUGUUUGCCCGUUGCCGUUGUGUCUGUAUGGUUGUAUGUUGCUGGUGUUGCAGCUAAAUUAUAUGAUCUCUUUGACUCAA